CUGACUUACAAUCACAGUUCUGCCAGCUGGGCGGUUCCAAUUUUUUCAUAUUUAUAUUAUAAUUAAACAAAACAAAUUAUUCUUGCCAUUGUGUGCCUACGCAACAAAAUUUAAUGUUCGAGCCAGCGCCAACCGUGACGUGUACAUCGACUUUUACUCUAAUUAAAGGAGUUAGUGAAGCGAUGGAUCUGACGUAAAGUUGUGGUGCAGAGAGGUGCUCGAGUGCCCGCUAUAUGGCAGAGGCCUCAACAUGAAGGUGGACGUGGACGGCCGGGAAGCAGCAGCCUGCAGUGCUACUCCGAUUGCUAGUAAUACAGAGUCGCCUGUCUCAUUCCUUGACGACUGCGGUGUAACCACCUCAGAUUCGAUCCCGACGCCCGAGCAGGCAUUGCUCGCCAAACUGGAGGAGGAAAACCGGAGAAUCGAGGCGGACGCAAAGUGCCCCUCGCUAACCACCGUGCACAGUCGCAAGAGUUCCGAUACAUCACAGAUAUCGUUAGCUUCGGCGACAAGCUCGAGCCAUGAAGAAGCAAAGGUCGAGAGCAACGGUGAAGAAGAUUUAUGGGGUCUCUGGGGCAGACUGGUUAGCAAUUGGGAGACGGAGUGGCGUCGCCGCAACCAGUUCGUGCGAGAUCUCGUGCGACAGGGGGUCCCUCAUCAUUUCAGAGGCAUCGUUUGGCAGCUACUAGCAGGAGUCGAUGCCUCCCCCGAUAAGAAACUAUACGCGUCUUAUAUUAAGGCCAAAUCAGCUUGUGAAAAGGUGAUUCGUCGUGAUAUUGCUCGCACCUACCCAGAGCACGAUUUCUUCAAAGAAAAAGAUGGCCUAGGACAGGAGUCCCUUUUUAAUGUAAUGAAGGCGUACUCGCUCCACGACAGAGAAGUAGGCUACUGCCAAGGCUCUGGUUUUAUUGUUGGACUUCUAUUAAUGCAGAUGCCUGAGGAGGAAGCUUUUGCAGUACUGUUGAAGAUAAUGCAGCACCAUCGGAUGCGUGACAUGUUUAAGCCGAGUAUGGCUGAACUCGGCUUGUGCAUGUUCCAACUCGAGAACCUCGUUCAAGAACUCUUACCUGAUCUCCACGUACAUUUUCAGUCUCAGAGCUUCAGUACAUCAAUAUACGCAAGUAGCUGGUUCCUGACACUGUUCACGACUACACUCUCGCUACCGCUAGCUUGUCGUAUCAUGGAUGUGUUCCUGUCCGAAGGCAUAGAGAUUGUGUUCAAGGUCGCUCUUGCGUUGCUCACGCUUGGCAAAAAUGAUCUUUUGUCGUUGGACAUGGAAAGCAUUCUAAAGUACAUGCAGAAAGAGUUGCCGUCGAAAGCGGAGGCCGAUCAGGACGCGUUUAUGAAUCUCGCAUAUUCAAUCAAAGUUAAUCCUAAGAAAAUGAAGAAAUUAGAAAAGGAAUACACGGUUAUAAAAACGAAGGAGCAAGGAGACAUUGCUGUACUCAGAUGUCUCCGCCAAGAGAAUCGUCUACUCAAACAACGGGUUGAACUGCUCGAGAAAGAAAGUUCGGCGCUCGCAGAACGCUUGGUUCAAGGUCAAGUGGACCGAGCCGAGGGUGAAGAAGAGACAUUCGCCUUAGCGCGAGAGGUUCAAGCAUUGAGACGCGCUAAUAUGGACGCUCAACAGAGAUUAGCAGUGGCCCAAGAUGAAAUCAGAAGCUUGGAAAUGACCAUCGCAGAGAACAAUUCCCGUCAAUCAUCUCUAGAAGGCACAGAAGGUAACAACGCAAAAGGCGAAGAACUCGCACGAUGUCUUCAACGAGAACUCGUUCGUGCGAGACUGGACGCGGCAGAGAGACAGGCUGCCGAGAGAGAACUGAACGCUAGGAUCGCAGAACUAGAGAAUGAAAAUAAAAUGUUAAGAAAACAACGCGUAGACAAUAAUGUUGCUCACUUGCAGGACGAGUUGAUAGCAGUAAAACUUCGCGAAGCUGAAGCUAAUCUGUCGUUAAAGGAUUUACGACAACGUGUCACAGAAUUAUCAGAUGCUUGGCAAAAGCAUUUGCAGGAACAUAAACAAGAAGCACCGCCGCCCCCCGCUCAGUCGAAUGUUGUAUCAGAUAUAAUGGCAACACCUAAAAAGUUACUGCGUGCCUGGGAAGGCAGGUCCACGGACAUGCAAAAACUUGAAGAGGAACUAAUGACUAUUAGGAUAAAAGAAGUCGAAGCACUUACUGAAUUAAAGGAGCUCAGACUUAAGGAAAUGGAGCUCCGGACACAAGUGCAGGUGUCGACGAAUCAGCUUCGCAGGCAGGACGAGGAACUAAGGCAGCUACGUGAAUCACUCGACUCUGCGCUGCAGAGGGAACGGACGCUGCAGACGAGGCAGAGGGAGUUCCAGCACAAAUAUUCGGACCUGGAGAGCAAGGCGAAAUAUGAAUCAAUGCAAGCUAAUAUAAGAAACAUGGAAGACGCUCAGAGAAUAGCUGAAUUAGAAACUGAAGUAUCAGAAUAUAAGCUAAAAAAUGAAGUGAUGGCGACUGAGGGAGAAUUACGAUGUAAUAAUAUGGACGAUUCAGACCGAGUUCGCGAAUUGCAGGAACAAGUCGCUGAACUGAAGGCUGAGGUCGUGAGGUUAGAGGCGUGGAAGGCGCGCGUGCUGGGCCGUUCGCUCAGUCGCACCACCUCCUUCGAAGACGACAUCGAAGAUGACGAUAAGCUAAAUCUCAUCCUGCGGAGGGAAUCUUCAACAUCGCUCGACCACAUCAGAAAGACUACGUAGCACGCAUUACACUUGUGGAACUUGAUCGUAUAUUUUUUUGAAUUAAUUAUCCUUAUCUUUAUUGAUCGCGCAGCUUUCUUAACUAUUGUACUUAUUUAUUAUAUGUAUAUUUAUAUAACACAUAUACAUAGUUUAGAUGCCAAUAAAAAGAACAUCGGCGACUAUUUUAUUGUACAAUCUCUAAAUUUGACUUAAAUUAUUGCUAUCCCUUUCUACAUAGCACGUUAGACAGAGAUGGCAAUAUGUUAUUGCUCUAAAAUUAAUUUAGUUUAUAAUAAUCUGUGGACGGCAGAACGUGCAUCAGUGAAUGUUUUUAAUGUAAAGUAUAAUUUGACGAUAAAUUAACGUUUUUAUGUGUAUAUUUGCAAGUUGAAUGUAUGCGCGCAUGCAAGUGUGUCUAUAUGUAUAAAUAUUAUUGCUUGUGUUUGACCGUCUCUUGAUGGUUUCAAUUUUUUUUUUUCUAAUAUGUUUUAUUUAAAUCAUUGUAUUAUUGUGAUGAAAACAAAGAGCCUAUUUUUUAUGUACAACUAAAACAAGUUCCGAAUAAAUCUUCCGUAAUAUUGUGGUCGUAAAAUAUUUUCAAAUUUAAUAGUAAGGCAACUUAUUUACUACGACGUCAUUUUUAUAUAUUUAUAUGAAAUUGUAGACAUUUUCAUGUUAGUCGAUUAUGAUAAAGUAUUUCACAAGAUUUGAUAACGAACUAAGUAUAAAAAAUAUAUAUAAAUAUAUAAUUGACCGGUUUCUCGUGAUAAUUUAAUUGAAUUCAAUUAUGAAAUCAAUUAUUU